GGGCUCGCCAGUCACUCGCUCCGCCCCGCGGCCGCAGCAAGAUCUUCUUCCUCCUCCCCCUCUCGCCCGCUAAAUCCUCCAAAACCGAUCCAUCCCUUUCCCGCGAGGCCCAAAAAUUUCAAAAAUCCUCUCCCCUCGCCGCAAACCCUAGCGCUCGCCCCUCCCCGCGCUGCCGCCGCGGAGCCGGAGUCUCCCGCCCGCACCCGCCGCCGGCCAUGGAGGCGGUGGUCGUCGACGCGGGGUCGAAGCUGCUGAAGGCCGGCAUCGCGCUGCCCGACCAGGCCCCGGGGCUGGUGAUGCCCUCGAAGAUGAAGACGGAGGUGGAGGAGAACGAGGUGGCCGACGGCGCGGCGGCGGUGGUGGAGGAGGUGGUGCAGCCGGUGGUGCGCGGCUUCGUCAAGGACUGGGACGCCAUGGAGGACCUGCUCACCUACGUCCUCUACAGGAACAUCGGCUGGGAGAUGGGGGACGAGGGCCAGAUCCUCUUCACCCAGCCGCUCUUCACGCCCAAGGCUCUCCGGGAGCAAUUAGUGCAACUUAUGUUCGAAAAAUUCAACGUAUCAGGAUUUUAUGAUUCUGAACAGGCUGUAUUGUCCCUUUAUGCUGUUGGUCGCAUUUCGGGUUGUACGGUUGACAUUGGACAUGGGAAAAUAGAUAUUGCUCCGGUUUGUGAAGGUGCUGUUCAGCACGUAGCAUCGAAGAGAUUUGAGAUUGGAGGAACUGACUUGACAAACCUAUUUGCACAAGAACUAAAGAAGUCCAACCCAUCAGUAAACAUUGAUAUUUCUGACGUUGAGAGGCUGAAAGAGCAGUAUGCAUGCUGCACAGAAGAUCAGUCAGCCUUUGAAGCUAUAGCAAGUACAUGCCAGCCAGAAACUCACACUCUUCCAGAUGGACAGGUUAUAACAAUUGAAAAAGAGCGCUAUAUCGUUGGCGAAGCUUUGUUUCAACCAAGCAUCUUGGGCUUAGAAGAUUAUGGUAUUGUCCACCAGCUAAUUACUAGUGUUUCAAACGUCGCAUCGGAGUACCAAAAGCAACUGCUUGAGAACACUAUGUUAUGUGGUGGCACUGUAUCUAUGACUGGUUUCGAAGACAGGUUUCAGAGGGAAGCAAAUCUGUCUGCUUCAGCAAUCCGCCCAACUCUUGUGAAGGCCCCGGAGUACAUGCCGGAGGACCUGGCGCGGCACUCGGCGUGGCUGGGCGGCGCGAUCCUGGCCAAGGUGGUCUUCCCCCAGAACCAGCACGUCACCAAGGGAGACUACGACGAGACGGGCCCGUCCAUCGUCCACAAGAAGUGCUUCUGACCGACUGAGAACCAGCCCUUUACUCGAGUCACAGGAUGGAUGCUCGUGCGUCACACCGUACGCGUACGUGUUGGCAACUGAUAAAUGAUGUGUGUAGGGGCCAGCGGCACUGGUACUGGACUGGUGUGGUGCCCUUCCUCCUCUGAUGCUGGGCGCCUCUGAGAGCCAUUCAUGGCCUCUGGUCUGGAUGUGUCAUUGUUGCUAGCUUGGCUAGCUAGAUGAUAACUAGCUAGCUAUUCAGAUUGCCGUAGGAUCGGAUCUAAGAUUGCCGUCUGUCUUUUUAUUAGGAGUGCUAGCCCAUUGUACCUGUGCCGUACCAUUGGAAAUUUGUUCGCGGGAGGUGCAUCGCGUUGUUC